ACUCCCUCGCUUUUCGGCCAGACUGCCCUAAUCUCCUUGCAACCCCGGCACCCCUCAAGAAGCGGAACCCGAGCUGGAUGGGCCUGGAGCGUGCGCACCGCUCUCCUCCCAUCUCCCAGUUCCGAAUUUCUCUACCCCUGGCUGCCCUGAGGGGGCGGGCCCCGGCCGCAGGCCUCCGUGAGGUCACCGCGUGCGGUAACCAAUCCGCGGCGUCCAAGUGGGCGGGGACCCCCGUCGGGUCCCGGGAACCGAACCCAAGAACGAAUUGGGGGGGCAUGAAUUUAGGGGGGAGGGGAAAAGCCAUGGGGGGCACCCCCCGGAACCCCUUUCCCAGGCGCGCGCUCUCUGCUAGAAGAGGCUCAGAAAGACACUUUCUCCCGGACAAGUGUGGGGGAGGCUGGGUUGGGGGGCUCAUCCGGCCCCAACGCCCGAGGCUCGGAAAAGAGAGUUGGCUGAGAGAGCAGACUCCGUGCGGGGCCAUGGCCUAGGCCCUUCGGCCUCGGCUCCGGCCGCAAUGACCUCUUUGCCCUGCCCCCUCUCUGGCCCAGACGCCUCCAAAGUCGUCUUCCCGGAGAUCGCCCCCGUCCCAUCGGUAGUGGCUGCCUACCAGCUCGGCCUGUCCCCCACAACCGCAGCCGCCCCCGAUUUGCCCUAUUCCAGGCCAUAUGGCCACCUCCUGCCCUAUCCCUACACCGGGCCAGCGACCCCCGGAGACCCCUACCUGCCCUACCAGCUACCCGCGGCGCAGUCUCUGCCGUCUCAGCAAGAGCGGGAGGCAGAAUCGGAGAAGCCGCCGCUGUCCCCGGAGCCCUCGGAGCGGCGCCCACAGGCCCCGAUCAAGAAGCUCCGCAAGCCGAGGACCAUCUACUCGAGUCUACAGCUGCAGCACCUGAACCAGCGUUUCCAGCACACGCAGUACCUGGCGCUGCCCGAGAGGGCCCAGCUGGCUGCGCAGCUCGGCCUCACCCAGACACAGGUAAAGAUCUGGUUUCAGAACAAACGCUCCAAGUACAAGAAGCUCCUGAAGCAGAACUCAGGGGGACAGGAAGGGGACUUCUCUGGGAGGUCCCCCUCCCUGUCUCCCUGCUCCCCACCCCUUCCAUCCCUCUGGGAUCUACCCAAGGCAGGGGCCCUGCCCACCGGUGGCUAUGGCAACAGCUUUGGAGGCUGGUAUCAGCAUCAUUCCCCCGAUGUCCUGGCUCCACCUCAGAUGAUGUGAGUCCAGAAAAGGACAGGUCAGGCCCCCAGCCGUCCUGCAAAGCCCAGGCAGGACCCAGCCCAACUGUACCCCUUCUGGGCCUGAGGAAACCAGUUCCAGAUGGGUUUCCUCAGGAGGAUGAGGAGCUUGAGAAGAAAAAGGAUUGGGUGGGGUUCUCUCCUCCAUGCCUCUUAACCAAAACAGCCUUAAACUUUGCCCCGCCCCCAGUCCUAGACCAAGGACUGGACACCUUCCCUCCAGCUGGUCAAAGGCUCUGGAGACAGAAUUAUUGGCUGGAGUUCAGACUGUUCCCAGCAUCCCUAGUCUUGCCACCCCUUCCUUGAGAGGACUACAGUCCCACCGCAGGCUGGGGUCAAGCCAGCAGCAAACACUGAGGGUUUUUCUCUUUGUGUGCCUUGGGCCUUGCCCAACUCCACUGGUGAGUGAAAGCAGAAGUACAAUGGACAUGUCCAGAGUCUUCAAGUUGACCACCAUCGAGACCUACCCACUGAUUUUUCUUGGAGGUCAGCCCAUUACCCCUGUAACUGAUACACUUACUCACCAUCCUAGGAGGUAAAUGGAAUACUGAAAAUGUGGAGUUUUGUGGAUCUAUGGGUAAUUUUUGCUUUCUUCCUAAAAGAGCCCUCUUGUCCCAUGUCUAUCCACUUUGAAUAGAAAAUGGAUCCAAUUAUCCAUCUAGUUCAAUGAGUAUUGAAUCUAAACCCAUUCCUAAUAUGUGGAAUCCACAUGCCCACAAAUCCAUGUGCCCACAUUGUCGGGGAGGGGAGGGGAGGGUACAUCAGUAGGAUAGCACCUUGGGGAGAAUGGGGACAAACAGGCUCUGUGGAUAAGUGAACGUAGAGACACCCCAAAUAGGUGGGGGUGGGUCCAGCAAUUCCCCUCCUCACAGCUGUCUGUCCAAAGGAACUGCUCAUACUUAUAACCAAUCUGACUGGCAGCCCCCCAAGCUCUUACCAUCCCCCCAUAUCAUGAGCUUUCAGGGAUUAAAGUUUGAACAGAAAGC